UGAACGUUAUCAGAAAUGUAAAUGUGAUUUACGGCUCAAGUUGCAUGGAUCAGUGGACCGGUUAGAUGUGUUCGUGACUCUAGCGGGUUCAUAAGAACGACUGGUAAACUGACAUCACAUCAGAAAAGUAGUUCACUGUUUUAACUAUAUUCAUGAAGAUUAUCUGUGCAGGACUUAUCAAAACCGGUACUAAAUCAAUCGCCAAGGCCUUGCGGCACCUUGGGUUUACAGUAUUCGACUGGGAAGAGCAAACGUUCGACUUUCUAGAUCACUGGGUUGAUGUUUUUCAAAAUGGAGUCAAACCUGAUGUCAAAAGAGUUUACCAGAAUGCUGAUGUAUGCAUCGAUAUUCCUGGAGUCUUCUUCUUCGAGGAAAUUCUGGAAGCUUUUCCUGAUUGUAAAGUGAUUUUGAGCGUGAGAGAGGAAGAUUCGUGGUUAGAAAGUCUUGUGCGUCAAUUGGAUUCAUUAGAUGCUUCAGGAUCCAAGGUUGCGCCGAUGUUAUCGCAAACAGCGAGGAAAAUGGCGCACGUUUAUCGUUCGUUCCUUAAUGCCGCCUAUGGGUCUUGCAACACCAAGUCCACCUAUGUUUUAAGAAAGCGAUACCGCAUCCACAACCACCGUGUAAAGUCCAUUGUUCCCGCUGACAAGCUGCUGGUGUACAACGUAAAAGAAGGAUGGAAGCCAUUGUGCGAGUUCUUGGAGUGCGAGGUUCCCACUGUUGCCUUCCCACAUGAAAAUAUCAAAUCUGAAAUUACUAAUACGAUCAUGAUGACCAGGUUUGGCCAGCAAAUGAAUCGGGAAUUUCGGAGUGGUGUUUUGAAAGUCGGUUUCUUUCUGCUAGUUAUUGCAGGAGUAUUUCUGGCCAUCCUUUUGAAUCACUGAGCAUAACCUCAGAGUAUAAUAACAAUGACGUCUUCGAAAACUUUGCUAAUCUCGCUGAUACUUUUUGGUUUGUCUUGAGUUUCAAGUCGAUAGUUUUACUGCAUUAUGAGAGUAAAUACAUUAUUUUUUUCUGUAUUGUCAAGUUCGUAAGGAUCGAAGACUGUCUAAAAACUCUAAGGGUGAAUGAGUAAAUCAUCGAUUUUUGACAUCGGUGUUGUUUUGUUUGAACUUUUAGGGCCGAUUAUUUAAAGUGCCACUAUAAUCAAAUUCUCG